GUUGAUGAUUUGUAGAUCGGUGAAAUCUGUGAGGGGGCAGGGAAAAGGCUGUUUGCAGAAGUGAGCGUCUCCUACCUGCCUGCGCCAGUAGUGGCUACGUGUAAUUCUAGAGGAAAAAUGGCAGAUAGAAAGAAUAAUAAUGUCCCCAACACCAGUGCAAAUUUACUUUUCAGCGGCGCUCCGGAGUUUAACUUUAACCUGCCUUUCAUGCCAGUGAGUCAGGCCACUGGUCCGGCGGUGCUGUCAGGAGAUGAUUCCACUGAUGUUGGAGAAGAAGACAGCUUUCUAGGCCAGACCUCUGGGAACGGGCCAGCCCCCUCCACAUUCAACUACUUCUCCAGCCCGGUAACCAGCAGUGACCCGUUCGCCGCCAUCGGCCAGUCGCCAUGCCCGCCGCCAGCGCUGUCAGCAGCACCGACACAACCAGGUCCGGUCUCUGUCCCCAGCUGUGUCAGCAUGGCCCCACCCCCCCAUCCAGGAGCACAAAUGAGCCCUGUUGCUCCUCAAGCGUACGGCAGUUCAGUUUACCAGAGCCCUAUGGGGCGUCACACUCCUCCCCCCACCACCAUGACCCCACCGCCUCCCCAGAUGCAGCAUCAGAGUCAUAAUCCGUACCGACACACCCCCAUCAGCAGCAGAGCCAGUCCGUAUAUUCCAGCUCCGGAAGUCCUGCCACCAACACAUUCACCUCAGCAGAAUCCAUACGCUCUCAGCUCUGCGCCACAGACAUUCCCCAUGCCAGGACCCCCGUUCACAAAGCCUCCUCCCACACAGAUGCCAUCGCCUCCACCUGCAGCCACCACCGCCGGAGCGAUCGUCCCCGCUGGUCCCAUGAUGCAGUACAACUACAACGUCUAUGAGCCUGUUCAGCCUCACUGGUUCUACUGCAAGCUGGUGGAGUCAAAGAGCGUCUGGCUCCCUUUCAGUAUCAUUGACUCCCUUCAGCUGGAGGAGACAUAUAAUUCAGUUCAACCAGACCCAGAGAAUGUGGUCAUUCGUACAGAUGGAGGCCGUUACGACGUGCAGCUGUACGACCGCAUGCGGUCUGCAGUUUACUGGGACGAGGAGCCGACGGAGGUCCGGCGCUGCUCCUGGUUCUACAAAGGGGACACAGACAGUCGCUUUAUUCCUUACUCUGAGGAGUUCAGUGACAAGUUGGAGGCCGAAUAUAAGAAAGCCGUGUCCACCAACCAGUGGCACCGCAGACUGGAGUUCCCAUCAGGAGAGACCAUUGUCAUGCACAAUCCAAAGGUGAUUGUGCAGUUUCAGGCCUCGUCCAUGCCAGACGAGUGGGGCACAACUCAGGACGGGCAGACCAGGCCCAGAGUGGUGAAGAGAGGGAUUGAUGAUGACCAUGAUGAAGUGCCGGAUGGUGAGCUCCCAACGGUGGAUCACCUGGUGUUCAUGGUCCAUGGGAUCGGUCCCGUGUGUGACCUGAGGUUUAGGAGCAUGGUGGAGUGUGUGGACGACUUCCGCAACGUGUCACUGAAGCUGCUGCAAAGUCACUUUAAGAAGCCGGUGGAUGAGCACGCCAUCAGCAGGGUGGAGUUCCUGCCUGUCCAGUGGCACACGGCUCUACACGGAGACGCCACAGGGGUGGACAGGAGGAUCAAGAAGAUUACGUUACCCAGCACUGGACGUUUACGUCACUUUACAAAUGAGACUUUGUUAGAUGUCCUCUUCUACAACAGUCCCACUUACUGCCAGACCAUCAUGGACACAGUUGCCCAAGAGAUUAACAGACUUUACGCCCUGUUCAUGACGAGGAACCCAGACUACAGAGGAGGCACGUCAGUGGCCGGGCACAGCUUAGGUUCUCUGAUUCUCUUUGACCUGUUGUCAAAUCAGAAGAAUGGCUCCUCUGCCCAGGCUGUGCCUAUCGUACCUACUGCUAAUGGAGACACCAAACAGGUGGCAGCCCCCGUUACGCAGGGAAAUAACGCCGUCAGCCCUCCAGCUGUGGAAGAGGAGCCCAAAGAAGAGGGGGAGGAGUUUCAUGAUCUUUCCGCCAUGCUGGAACAUCUGGGCUUGUCUGAGUACAAGAGCACCUUCGAUGAGGAGAAGAUUGAUGAAGAAUCUUUUCUUAUGUGCACUGUUGAGGACCUGAAAGAGAUGGGGAUCCCACUGGGUCCCAGGAAAAAGAUCGCCAAGUUUGUCAAAGAACGAGUGAAUAAGCAGGCUGCACGUCAGGCAGCCCAGGAGAAGAAAGCGGAGGUCAAAGAGGUCAGUCCGGUUGCGGCGCCCGCUCCAGCAGCUGAAGCUCCUCCUGAUCCCUCCGUCAAGAAGCUUCCAGUGGGAAACACCGUCUCCGUCCACGUCGACUACAACUACUUUGAAGUUGGCACUGGACAGGUGUCCGUGGUCUACCACGCUCUGGACUUCGAGCCGAUGAAUUUCUUUGCCCUGGGUUCUCCGAUCGGCAUGUUCCUGACGGUGCGAGGACUGGAAAAGAUUGGAGAGAUGUACCAGCUGCCCACCUGCAAAGGAUUCUUCAAUAUUUACCAUCCGUUGGACCCGGUGGCGUACAGGAUUGAGCCCAUGAUUAUCCCAGACAUGGACUUGAAGCCUGUUUUGGUCCCACAUCACAAAGGGAGGAAGAGGCUUCAUCUGGAGCUGAAGGAGAGUCUCACCAGGAUGGGCUCUGACCUGAAGCAGGGUUUCAUCAGCUCCCUGAGGAGCGCCUGGCAGACGCUCAAUGAUUUCGCUCGCGCUCACACCUCCACCGCCCAGCUUCAGGCCGAGCUGGCCAUGGUAGCCAAUCAGAUCGAAGAACAGGAGCAGCGGGCGCGGGAGGAGCAAAAGAUCCCAGAGGGCCCUGAGCCAACAAAAGAAGAGGAGCCUCAGGUGAAGGUGGGGAUGCUGAACGGAGGGAACCGCAUCGACUACGUGCUGCAGGAGAAACCCAUCGAGAGCUUCAACGAGUACCUGUUCGCCCUCCAGAGUCACCUCUGCUACUGGACGUCUGAAGACACAGCGCUGCUCAUCCUGAAAGAGAUCUACAAGACCAUGGGCGUCCAUCCAGAACAGCUAGCACAUUAAUUCAAUGAUAAUAAGCCUGUUGAAACUUCCCAUUUGAUUUAUUUCAUGUUCGUUUUCCUGGAUUUUGAUUUUUCUAUUAUUUUCUUUUAUUUUCUAUUCAUGUAGUUUAUUGUAUACAGACUAAUAAUACAAGUGUAUUAUGCCAUUUGUCUUAAAUUAAGAAUACAAAUGAGCUUGUAGAUUCAAAGACACUUGACAUGUUUGAUAUUACAUUUUUAUAGUAUAAAUUAUAGAACUGGUCGAGGUUUACGCGACAAUAUGUUUCAUCAAAUCAUAUGAAGAAAUGACUUAAGUGCAGCCUUCUGUACGUUUUAUUUAAUAGCCAAAAA